UUCUUCCGUACAACCACCCCCACUAUUCUCUCUCUCUCCCUCAUUUGGCGAUGGAUUCAAGCACCAAUGAAAUUACCCACGAAUUCCCACUCCGCUUCAGAGUAUACAAAGAUGGCCGCGUGGAGAGAUUGGGGAGGUUCGCCGUCCCUGACCCUGCUCCCACUGGCCUAGACCCCAAAACCCACGUCCAAACCAAAGACGUCGUCGUCUCAUCGGAAUCCGGCGUAUCGGCCCGCCUCUUCCUCCCAAAAAACAGCCACCCAGAUCACAAGUUGCCACUCGUCGUUCACUACCACGGUGGAGCCUUCUGCCUCGGAUCGCCUUUCGACAGGGCCUUCCAUAAUUUUCUUCAACUCCUCGCCGCAGAGGCCAACGCCUUUGUCAUCUCCGUUGACUAUAGGCUUGCCCCGGAGCACCCUCUACCAACCGCGCAUCAAGACUCGUGGGCCGCGCUGCAGUGGAUCGCUACCCACUCUAACGGCCAAGGACCCGACCCAUGGCUUAGCGAGUAUGCGGAUUUCGGGCGGGUUUUCUUGGCGGGGGAGAGCGCUGGGGCCAACAUAGCCCACUACGUGGCAGUUCAAGCUGGUGCCACGGAAUUAGUUGGCCCUAACAUUGUUGGGUUACUCUUAUUGCACCCAGGUUUCGGUGGUAAAGAGCUCAAUAAAAUGUACAGCUUUAUCUGUCCAACGAGUACCGGGUUCAGUGACCCGAUACUGUACCCGAAAAUGGAUCCGAAUUUGUCGCGUAUGGCUGGGGCGAAGGUUCUGGUUUGCGUGGCAGAGAAAGAUUCGUCAAAAGACGUAGCGGUGGCGUAUUCUGAA